AGCUGACAGUUUUGUUUUGCUUGCUCGAGCUCGUCCACAACACAGCCAGAGGAAGGAAGCGACGAGAUCAACCCGUCUCUAAACUACUGUCUCUUUUAGUUUUUAUUUUAACAAUAACAUACCAGCACAUGGGAACACGAAUAGUUUCAUAAAUACUUAUUUUAUAUUUUUGCCUUGAUACAGUCGAUACCUCCGUUUUUAUCUACUGUCAACUGGUUGACUUUGACGCAAUGCCUUCAGAAAAAACCUUCAAACAAAGAAGGACAUUCGAACAGAGAGUAGAAGAUGUCAGACUGAUCCGAGAGCAGCACCCCAACAAGAUACCAGUGAUCAUUGAGAGGUAUAAAGGAGAAAAACAACUUCCCAUCCUGGACAAGACCAAGUUCCUGGUGCCAGACCACGUCAACAUGAGUGAACUCAUCAAGAUUAUCAGGAGGCGCCUCCAGCUGAACUCCAACCAGGCUUUCUUCCUGCUGGCCAACGGCCACAGCAUGGUCUCGGUGUCGGCUGCCAUCUCCGAGGUCUAUGAACGGGAGCGGGACCAGGAUGGCUUCCUCUACAUGGUGUACGCCUCCCAGGAGACCUUUGGCACAGCCGCGACCGCCCAGUGAACAGCCUUCCUUCUUCUUCCACCUGGCAAGCGAUUGGACAAUUGUAGUUUUUAGUCCCCUCCAUGUUGCUUGCCACACACCUUUUAGUCUUGACUGUAAGAACUAAAACACAAACCGCUAAAUCUAACCACAGUGUACGAUCAUUUCCCAGCUCGGUCAUGAUCUCCGUAUUAUGACUGCAGUGAGCGAAUAUACUGUUUGGGUACCACCACUCUCAGUAGCAUAAAGCCACAAGGGUUAACUAAAACGGCAGAGUUUAAGUAGAGAAAUCCCCAAAUCGGACUAUGACUCAGGCCAAUAGUUUUAAAGUGUGUGUCUCUGCUUCCUUAUUGUGCUCUCUGGUGAAUCAUGUCCACCGCCAUGGCAAUGUACCACCUGUUGACCGUAGUUAUUUACAGCGUUGUGUGUCUCCUCGGCUGUAUUUAUGUUAAUGUAUAUGUACAUUUCAGGUAGUGAUAUUAUAUAAUAGUGGCGAGGCGCCACCAAUUAUCUAAAUAUACAUUAGCCAAUGAACAAAGCCAACCUUAAUUUUAAGGGUUUUUGGAGACGAGCAACAAUGAAAGUUGGAGGAUAUGUUUUUUUAAAGAAGCAUUUAAUUGCAGUUACAAGGUGGAACUUGGGGAUUUGUAGUCUGGAUUAGAGUACUUUUGCCAGAGAAAAAUGCUAAAUGAAGUAGAGAACACCCUUGUGAUUUGCAUUUCUGCUGUGUGUCUUAUCACAUUCCCUCAAUGGUCCUUUGGUGUUUUUAAACUUUCCUGCAUUGUAUCUUUAAGCAUCUUCACUGCAAUGAAAAACAUGUUGGGGAACUGCUUUUGCUUUUGAAAUGGAUGAUUGUAGUUUGCAAAAAAUGCCUUGGUCUACAGAUAUUGACUUCACAGCUUUGAAUAUAAAAGAGGUUCCAAUGCGAGUGUAACCAAGUUGACUUUGGAAACACUACAAGGAGCAUCUGAUUGCAUGUGUGAAUGGAGGAUGAUGGUAUUUCUGUAAAUGCUGAUUAGAGGAGAGGUGUUGCCAUUUUCCUUUCUUUUUAAUCUCCUUUGUCACAAGUAUUUAUUAAAGUGAUCAAGGAAUGAAGGAAGGUAA